ACUAUAAAAGGGCCAUCACCAACCCAGUUUCUCCUCAUCCGAUCACACACACACCAUAGCCAAAAAAAACACAAUCACUCGACCAAACCACACCUAGCUACUACAAAGCUAGUGAUCAUAAGCUAACCUUAAUUAGCUUUAAUUAGCCAAGAAGAGACAAAGAGCAAGAUCGAUCAUGUACCACCACCACCAUGGCGGCCAUGGCGAGGUGGCGAGCCUCCACCUCCUCUCGCCUCCAAACCCUCCCUUCUUCGGCGCCGCCGCGCACCACCACCACCACCACCACGGCCUCAUCAACAUGGCGCUGCCGCCUCAGGCCUACUUCGUCCCCGCCGCGCCGCCGCCGCCGUUCCAAGAAGCCACUGCUGCGCUCGCCGCCGGCGACGACGCCACCGCCGCGUUGGCGGUGUUUGAGCUGGAGCGCAUCCUGGAAGAAGCGGCCGCCGCGGGCGGCGGCGGCGGCAAUGGCUCACCGAGCUCGGGCUCCGACGGGUGCUGCUACGGCCUGCAGGGCGUGGCUCCGGCGGCGGAGGAGGAGCGGCGGCGGCGGCGGAUGGUGUCGAACCGGGAGUCGGCGCGGCGGUCGCGGAUGCGCAAGCAGCGGCAGCUCAGCGAGCUGUGGGCGCAGGUCGAGCACCUCCGCGGCGCCAACCGCCGCCUCCUCGACGAGCUCAACCGCGCAUUGAGGGGCUGCGCCGACGUCCGCCGCGAGAACUCCCGCCUCCGGGACGAGAAGGCCGAGCUCGCCGGCAAGCUCCAGCUGCUGCUCCCGCGGCAGCCGGCGCCGGAGAAGAACGCCGCCGACGACCAGAGUAGCUGCUCCUCGGAGCCAUGCAAGAACAGCACUACGACUACCGCUGCUGAAUGAAUUAUAUUAUUCAUUAUUAUUAUUAUUAUCCACCAAAUUUUCACUUGAGAGGAUAAUAAUAUUAACAAUAAUAUGUUUAUCAAUAAGAAAACGUGUAUAACUAAACAAGGAUAAUUACUGGGGAUGGAGGCAUGCAUGCAUGCAUGCGCCAUGAGAUCGAUUUUUCUGUUUCGAGGAGGUUUUUGCUGUGUAUUUUUACAACUAAUUAUAUACUUAUACCUGCGGUUAAAUUAACAUGGAUCAAUGGAUCAUAUAUAUUAUUUCUAUUUACAAGUUGCAAAACUGCAGUUAAUAGAACACUAGUAAGACAAAAUGAUGGGGUAGAAGAGGCAUGUACAACUCUAAAAGUAGUAGACUACUUGUCAAAACGUUGUGCAACUAUGAAGUUAAAAAAAAUAGUGCCUUUCAUGUAA